GAUGGAAGAAUUCUCGUGAGCGUACAUUCUCGUCUGCCAUACACGACGUAUGAUCUACGAUUGACAGUAGUUUGACACUCACUAACCUUAAAAUCAAAACAUUUGUUCAGAAAUAAAAUGCCAAAACAUGACUACUCCAGUCAUCGCUCCAGGUCACCAGUUCGCUCCCGCAAAUCAACAAACAAAAAAUACUCGUCAGAUUCAAGUGACGGUUACAAAAGGCACGAUUCAAAGAAACGUUCGCAUUCCAGAAAAGAUAAGAAAAGUGGCCAUCGGAGUGACUCUUCUAGAAAAGAUCAUAAAAAACAUAAACGACGCGACUCAGAGUCAGACUCAAGCAGUAGCAGCACCUCCUCUGAUGACUCUUUAGUAUUGCUCCAAAAAUUGAAAGAAGAACGAAUUAAAGCUCUUGAAGAGCGCAAACGUGAGAAAGAACUAAGGAAGGCCACUGAAACGCCAGAGGAGAAGCGUUUGAGACGUUUAGCCAAAAAACAAGCGAAAGAGAGGAAACGCAAAGAACGUAUGGGGUGGGACAAUGAAUAUCUCCAUUAUACCAAUACAGAUAACCCGUUUGGUGACGGGAAUCUACUAUCAACGUUUGUGUGGACAAAAAAAUUGGCGAAAGAGGGGCUAACUGGUGUGACUCCUGAAGAACUAGAAGCGAGGAAUCGCCACAAACAGGAGGAGAACAAACGAGAAUUGGAAAAGGUAAAGAAGCGAAGAUUAGAGAGGGAACUAGAGAGACAGAAGCGGGAGGAAGAAAUGCAGUUACUACAAAGGAGUAAAGAGGCGGCGCAGUUUGAAGAAUGGGAACGUCAAGAGGACCAGUUUCAUUUAGAACAAGCCAGACUAAGAUCACACAUUCGAAUACAAGACGGGCGAGCUAAACCGAUUGAUUUACUCGCAAAAUAUAUCAGUGCAGAGGAAGAAGUAGACGCCGUUGAGAUGCACGAACCUUACACUUACCUAAACGGGUUACACAUCAAAGAUUUAGAAGACUUGGUUGAAGACAUUAAAGUUUAUGAGGAGCUAGAACGGGGGAAAAACCUAGACUAUUGGAACGACAUUACCGUAAUCGUCGAAGACGAGCUGCAAAAACUCCGAAAAUUAGAAAAGCAAAAUGAAUUCGACAUGGGGGUGAACAGAAGAGAAGGCAUCAAUCAGGCAGUUGCCGCCGACGUCACCUCAGUCUUCAAAGGAAAGACUUCGUCCCAGCUGGCGGCCCUGCAGAAACAAAUCGAAAGCAAGAUAAACGGCAAAGCUGAUGGCAUAGAUAUAGGCUACUGGGAGUCGCUACUGUCGCAACUAAAAGCUCACAUGGCCAGAGCCCGCUUGCGAGACCGCCACCAGGACAGUCUCCGACGCAAACUGCAAGUCCUUAAAGCCGAACAAGCGGUCACAACCCCAGCCCCUGAGGAAACAACCCCAUCUACGGAAUCCCACGUCAAGGAAGAACCUGAACCCAAACCCGGGACUUCCCAGGAGGAGAAAAGUGACGAUGAAAAUGAAAAGACCGCGGACGAACACGCCAGCGACAUCCUGAACGAAUACUUCGACGCGUACGAAGCCGGCGGCUACAGCCCCAAGUUCCUCUCACCCGAAGACAUUGAGCCCGGGACUAUCGUCGUGACCGAAGAAGAUGACCUCAAACGCCUGGAAUUCGCACGCAUGCAGAUGUCUGGAGGCGGCAAAAAGCACGAACACGCCAUAACUAAGGAGGAAAUUUUACUACAACGCGAAGCCCGCAAGGGCAUGGGUGACGAUGAGGCCCAGUUUUCGGUCGAAGCGGCUCUGGACAACCAAGUGUACUUGUGGUCCGAUAAGUACAGACCGAGGAAACCCAGAUACUUCAAUAGGGUGCACACAGGUUUUGAGUGGAAUAAGUACAACCAGACCCAUUAUGACAUGGACAAUCCGCCCCCGAAAAUCGUACAGGGCUACAAGUUUAACAUUUUUUACCCGGAUUUGAUCGACAAGAAUAGCACGCCCGAGUAUUUUUUGACUCCGUGUCCAGAAAAUCGGGAAUUUGCCAUUUUGCGGUUCCACGCAGGGCCGCCGUAUGAAGACAUUGCGUUUAAGAUCGUGAACAGGGAGUGGGAAUAUUCGUACAAGAGGGGGUUCAGGUGCCAGUUUCACAACAACAUUUUUCAAUUGUGGUUCCACUUUAAGAGGUACAGAUACCGAAGAUAGCUCAGUUUUGCUGUAAUGAUAUCUGUCUUAAUGUAUAUAAUAAAGUUUU